AUGGCUGAGAGCGUAGUAGAAUUUCUGCUCAAUCACUUGACCAUCUUCAUUCAACAAGAGUCAAGCCUCUUGGGAGGAAUAAGGGAAGAAGCUGAGUCCAUCAGAGAUGAAUUGGUGAGCAUGAGGGCUUUCCUCAGAGUAGCUGAUGAAAAACAAGAUAUUGACCCACAGCUCCAAGCAUGGGUUGAGAAAGUUCGUGAUGUUGCCCAUGACACCGAAGAUGUGCUUGACGAAUUCAUGCUCCGCUUCGCACGUUAUCAUCAUGGGGAUGGAUUCUAUGGUUUUCUUGGUAAGAUUUCUUUUUCUAUUAAGAACUUGAAAGCUCGCCAUCGGAUUGGUUCUGAGAUACGUAAAAUAAAGUCCAGAGUCGAAAAUAUACAUCAAAGAUACCGUGAUGGAUUUAGUAUCUCAGAGCAUGGAUCAAGCUCCACCGUUGACAACACAUGGUAUGAUCGUCGAGGUGAUGCACUUCUACUGGAAGAGGCUGAGCUUGAUGGGCCCAAGAAACACCUGAUUGGGUGGCUUCUGGAUGACAGUCCAAGACUCAGAGUCGUUUCGGUGGUGGGGAUGGGGGGUAUGGGAAAAACCACCCUAGUAAAGAAAGCCUAUGAUGAUAUGGGGGUGAAGAAUCGUUUCCAAUGUCAUGCUUGGAUCACUGUUUCUCAAUCAUUUCAUCUCAGAGAGCUUCUCAAAGACGUAGUUCGAAGACUCUUCGAUGAAGCCAAGCAACAGGCCCCUCAAAGUUUGGAAACCAUGGACAUCAAUGACUUGAAAGCAAAAAUCAAAGAUUUCCUCCAACAGAGAAGGUACGUGCUUGUUUUAGAUGAUGUCUGGAGCAUAAAUGCAUGGGAUGCUUUGAAAUAUGCAUUCCCUGACAACAAUAGUGGCAGCCGAAUACUGCUCACGACCCGUAUUGUUGGUGUAGCUUCUACGUCUUGCUGUGAGGGCUUGCCACUUGCGGUUGUGGCAAUUAGUGGUGUUUUGGCUACGAAAGACAAAAGUAGAGUGCAUGAUUGGGAAUUGUUUUACCGCAGGCUUGGUGAUGCUCAGUUAGAAGUCCACGACAAACUUGAGAGUAUGAAAAAUAUACUCUCUCUGAGUUACUAUGAUUUGCCUUACUAUCUAAAAAUAUGCUUCUUGUACUUGGGUUUAUUCCCUGAGGAUUACGAGAUUGAGCGCAUGAGAGUGAUUCGACUGUGGAUCGCAGAAGGAUUUGUGAAAGAGAUAGGGGGAAUGACAAUGGAAGAAGUUGCUGAUGUUGCUGAAGGCUAUCUUAAAGCUCCAGCGUCUUCGUCAUCUCUUGGUGUACCGCUACAAAUUUUUUUAUAUAAAUGGCUUUAA